GAUCCCCAUGAUUUGUACACCGGAGAACAGUUCUCCAAGGUCCUGAGUACAUUAACAGCUGUAAAUAAAGCUACCGAAGAUCAGCCGUCAAAAGGGCCAUGUUCACAUCUGUCAUCUCUUAGCUCUGCGGCUGGAGGUCCCCACGCUGACUGCAACGGCACAGCUUCACAGUCAACGAGGCAGUCCAAGCCUGUGGAGAUGACCGAGAAUGGCAGUCAUCAGCUGGUGGUAAAGGCCAGGUUCAAUUUUAAGCAGACCAAUGAGGAUGAACUCUCUGUUAACAAAGGAGACAUUAUUUAUGUCACCCGGGUUGAAGAAGGGGGCUGGUGGGAAGGGACCUUGAAUGGAAAAACAGGCUGGUUCCCAAGCAACUACGUCAGAGAAAUCAAAUCCACCGAUAAACCACUCUCUCCCAAAGCAUUAAAAGGACUUGAAAGCACUCAACUGACAAAGAAUUAUUACCCUGUGGUGUUGCAAAAUAUUCUGGAAACAGAACGAGAUUAUGCGAAGGAACUACAGUCACUUCUGGGAACUUACUUAAGACCCCUCCAGUCUUAUGAUAAGCUCAGUGCUGUGGACAUCGCGUCGUUGCUGGGGAACGUGGAAGAAAUCUCUGCAUUUCAGCAAACUUUGAACCAAGCCUUGGAAGAAGUUGCGAAGCUCCCCGAGAACCAGCAGCGCGUGGGAGGCUGUUUCAUGAACCUGAUGCCCCAGUUCCGCUCCCUGUACUUGACCUACUGCGCUAACCACCCCUCUGCCGUCCACGUCCUCACGCAGCACAGCGAUGAGCUGGAGAAGUUCAUGGAGAGCCAGGGUGCGGCCAACCCAGGCAUUCUCAUCUUAACCACGAGCCUCAGCAAACCCUUCCUGAGGCUGGAUAAAUAUGUGACACUGCUGCAGGAGCUGGAGCGGCACGUGGAGGAGGCGCAUGCGGAUCACGAAGAGGUUCUGAAAGCCAUCGCGUCCUUCAAGUCUCUCGUGUUGCAAUGCCAAGAGCUAAGGAAGAGGAAGCAACUCGAACUGCAGAUCCUUUCCGAAUCCAUCCAGCGCUGGGAAGGAGAGGACAUAAAAACGAUGGGAAACAUCAUCUACAUGUCCCAGGUUAUGGUACAGUGUGGGGGAAAUGAGGAGAAAGAAGAGCGAUAUUUCUUGUUGUUUCCAAACGUUUUGCUGAUGCUGUCUGCCAGCCCACGGAUGAGUGGGUUCAUCUAUCAGGGAAAGCUGCCUUUGACGGGAAUGACGCUGACUAAGCUGGAAGACGCCGAAGGGAACGAGCACAUGUUUGAAAUUGCAGGGAACAUGACAGAGCGGAUCACCGUAUCCUGCAGCACCAGCCAGGACUUGCACGAAUGGCUUGACCACUUGCAAAGGCUGACCAAAGGGACCUGCAACACCGUAUCCAAAACGCCGUCCUGGGGUGCCCAUUCGACAUUUAGUUCAGCCGGACAGAUCCGUGGGCCUUUGGAACCCCCCAAAAUCCUCAAGCCCUGGAGCUUGAGCUGCCUCCGUCCCGCUCCUCCGCUCAGACCAUCAGCAGCACUGAGUUACAAAGAGAGGAUGUCUUAUAUCUUAAAGGAUUCGAGCAAAAGUCCAAAAACAAUGAAGAAGUUUCUUCCUAAAAGGAAAACUGAGAGAAAACCAUCUGAUGAAGAGUUUGUUAUUCGGAAAAGUACUGCUGCGCUGGAAGAAGAUGCUCAGAUCCUGAAGGUGAUCGAGGCAUACUGCACUGGGGCAGGCUUCCAGCAAGCUCUCAGCUCAGGCUCCCGUAAAGACUCCAUCCCCCAAGUCCUUCUUCCUGAGGAAGAGAAAAUCAUCGUGGAGGAGACACGAAGCAACGGCCAGACUGUCACGGAGGAAAAGAGCCUUGUUGACACGGUUUAUGCACUGAAAGAUGAAGUCAAAGAACUGAAACAGGAGAACAAAAGGAUGAAGCAGUGUUUGGAGGAAGAGCUUAAAUCCAGGAAGGACUUGGAGAAGCUGGUUAGAAGGCUGCUGAAGCAGACGGACGAGUGUGGCAGGGAGGACACGGGGCGCAAGUCGUCCCUGAUCGCCUGAGCUCGGGGAGAAGCUGCUGGCAGUGGUGUGUGACCUCAGGUGUUUUUUGGGAAGCGGAACUGGAUCCUUUGCCUCUUCUUGCUCCUUAUUUUGUCGGUUUAGGGAAUUUUGUUAC